AUGUCCACGGCCGACGCCGACGCCGCGUUCGCGUCGUACCCCCCGCACUACACGCGACAACCUCGAGCGGAGACGUGGCGGGCCCAACGCGCGCGCUGGGCCGCCCACGUCGCGCGCGUCGUCGCCGCGCGCCCGUCGCCCGCGAUCGACGUCGCGACGGACGACGUCUUCGUCAACGCCGCGAUCGAUCGCGCGCUCCCGCUCGCGGCGCGGGUGGAGAUCGUGGAUGAACUCGUCGCGCGCGGCGACGCGCGGUGGACGCCCGGGACGCCGCGGACGCGGGCGCUCGUGUACGACCGCGCGUCGCGCGCGCGCGCCGUGGACGCCCUCGGCGCGUUCGUGGCGCGGUACGACCUCCGUGGACGCGUGUACACGACGCGGGAGAUCGCGCGCGAGUUGGGAUUGGACGAGACGCGCGCGCGAGAGGUCGCGUCGGCGUUCGCGGACGCCGGCGCGUGCGUCGCGUUCGGCGACGACGGCGUCAAGUUCGCGUGA